AUGAAAGUUAACACUUUAAAUAACAUUUUCAACCUGUACAAGGAGGCCGCGCCGAAGAAAAAAUGGCCCCUGUUGUUGACGCUGAUCGCCCUGCUGGCCGCGGCAUCAGGCCGUGUAAAUGGCGCCGCAUUUAACUUCCCAAAAGAGUCAGUAAUAAACGAACAUAACAGUUUUAAUGGCCCCAAAGAUGAGUUCAAUUACCCAGAUAAAGACCCCUAUGAAGACAGCGGCUUCGGAUUAGGUGGAAUGAAAUUAAAAUUUGAGCACUUGGAAGAAAUGAACAACGCAUUUUUCAUGCACAAUAACAAGAAAAUUAAUAUGAUUCAAUUCCCAGCCAAUAAUCCCAUACAGGACAGGUGCUUUGUUUAUGAAAUUGAUAUGAGUAAUGACACUCUAGAACCCAUUGGUAGUUACCAAAGGAUAAAAGACAAAGAAGAUAAAGUUUUUAUUAAAGCUUUCGAAAAGAGCGCUAUUAAAUAUGUGAAUGAAUUACAACCCCCCACCAGCCCUAAUUAUUAUGUACAUAUGACCAAUAUGGCCAUCGAGAGAGGCAAAGGGAAAAGCCCCAAGAAGGGGAUAGAUAGGGGAGGUUCUGCUGGAGCUUCUGUCUUAGGACCAAUGCCACCCUGGGAUUCAACAGUGCUAAUGCCCACUCCGGUGGGUGGGUCUCCAGUGGGUCCUUCACCCAUGGGUCCUUCACCCAUGGGACCAUCACCCAUGGGACCAUCACCCAUGGGACCAUCACCUAUGGGACCAUCACCUAUGGGACCAUCACCUAUGGGACUCCCAAUGGGUCUUCCUAUGGGUUCGUCAAUGGGUCCUUCAAUGGGGCCACCAGUGGGAGCACCGGGUAGGAUGCCAAUGAUGCCCGGGGUUAGAAUGCCUAUGGGAGGAAUGCCCGGUUCUCCAAUGAUGCCUGGGGUUCGAACGCCCAUGGGAGGCGUCCCCGGUUCUCCAAUGAUGCCUGGGGCCCGAAUGCCCAUGCCAGCCGAUGGCUCCGCCGUAGCUGGGUCCUGGAUGCAAUCACCCACGUCCAUGCAGACGCCACUAACCUUUGUGGAGAUCAAGGCAGCUGAAAAAACCGGCGAGUCGUCAACUGAUUCGAUGGAUGUAGAUGCUGCAGAUGGCACAACAGAGGAAGUGAUGGAUCCGAUGGAUGUAGACGUUGGAGAUAACGCAAUAGAGGAUUCGAUCGAAUCGAUGGAUAUGGAUGCAGGAGAUAACGCAACAGGGGAAGCGGCGGAUAAGGUGUCAGACGAGGCAGCUGAGAGUGCCUCCGGCGAAAUGGCCCAAAAUGCUGCAUUGGCAGCAGGCGAGAAUGCAGCGGGGGAAGGUGCAGACGCAGCAUCUGGGGAAAAUGCAGAAGCGUCAGUUGCCGAAAAUGCAGAAGCUGGCGCAUCCGAGGCAACUGCAUCAACGGCAGAAGCUGAUAAUGCAGAAGGUAGCAACGCAGAAAACGCUGCUGAAGGGCAGAGCACCAUGGAUAAUGAAGAAGGAGCCAUUGCAGGUCCAUCCGGAAUGCAACCAAGCGAUUUCCUAAACAGACCAGAAAUAGCGAACAACGUAUUUGAAAGGUAUAGCCAGUACUAUGACGAAAUGAAGGCCUUUAACGAUUCGUUCCUAUUCGCUGCAGUGAUAGAUGGUCACGGAGGAGAAGUAAUCGCAGAUAUAGUGAAGAGGUGGCUAGGAUUCUACGUGAAGAAGCAAUUAUUAGAAAAGCUAAGAAAUAAUGAUCACCAAAUUUUAACCCCAAGUGAUAUAGUGGCAAGUCUGGAGGAAGCCCACAUCCAGCUGGACAAUGACAUUUUAAAGAAGGCAAAGGAGUAUUUCUUUAAGGGAAAUGUGAGGUACACAAGAAAUGGCUCCUGCUCCAUCAGUGUCCUCAUGGAUAAGAACUAUUACUACGUAAGUAAUGUAGGAGAUUCCAAAGGGCUGUUAAUAAAAAAAGAUUCCAUUGUGAGGUUAAAUAAUAUACAGAAUGCCAGUGAGAUAACCGAAAGGAUGAGACUCGUACAGGAGCAUCCAAACGAAAUCGACGUGGUCAUGUGUAAAAGAUCAGUCAAAAAUGGAAAUGCCAAAUCGUUUGAAAUUUUUAGCCUAACUGAACAACAUACACAAUUUCAAAUGUUUGAUGUCGGAAGAUGUUAUGUGAAGGGCCGAUUACAAUGCACUAGAAGUUUUGGAGAUUUUUACUUGAAGCAUAAAAUCUUUGCUUUUGAUUAUAGAAAAAAUAAAUUCCUCGUGAAGGAGCCACACUCCUUUCCCUACAUCUCGGCCAUUCCAGAGGUACUUAAAAUAAGGAGAACUCAGGAUGACGAAUUUGUCGUUUUGGUCUCCGAUGGAAUUUCGGAUCAUCUGAGUGACAAGGAGAUAUACGACAUUGUGAAGCAGUACAGCUACUCCGUGAAGAAGAUGUCCCGCAUUUUGAUUCAGACCGUCUUGAUAAAGGCCGCCAUGCACGUGCGCGUCUCCGCCAAGGAGCUCUUGACGUUGGUGCCCCCCGACAGGAGAAGGAAGUUCUUCGACGACAUGUCGGUGGUCGUCAUUAAGUUGAAGUGAAGCAGCGAAGCAGUGAGGAGGUGAGGCUGUGAAGCAGUGAGGAAGCGAGGAUGUGAAGCCGCCAAGGAGCGAAGGAGCGAAGAAGCGAUGAGCGAGCGAGAGAGUUACCGAGAAGAGACUAACCAACGAAACGAGUAAGCAACGAAACGUGUAAGCGACGAAACGUGUAAGCGACGAAACGUGUAAGCGAUGAAACGUGUAAGCGAUGAAGCCUGGAAGGGGGUCGAAGCGGCCACAAACCGCCGCCCAACCGAGGAAGCAACUCCCGUGAUAAGCGUUAAAAACCCCCACACACACACUCCCCCUGUGUUUUUUGUCCUGUGAGAUUUGUUUUUCACACAUCAUAUUUGUGAUUAAAAUUCGUACUUUAAAAUACACACACAUACAUAAUACACAUAGACAUAGGUAUAGAGUUUUUUU